AUGGAUGGCCAAGAAGCCCUACCAUCACUACCACCACCACCGUUACCACAAUUGACAUCCCAAAACCCUCCCUAUCUCUUUACACCCUCACUACUCCCAUCCUCCUCACUGCACCCUUCUAUAAUUGAGCCUCAAGUCCUUCCAGAUAUUGAUUGGGUUGGCCUUCUCUCUGGUCAAUCCGGGCUCGGCGAGAAUAGGCCUAUAAUGGAAAGUGCUUCUAUGGUAGCUGAAAAUGGAGCUGAGGAAGAAAAGGGCAAUAAGGAUAAGAAGAAAGGUGGAAGAAUGAAAAAGGCAACCCGACCAAGAUUUGCUUUCCAAACUAGAAGUGCAGACGAUAUUCUUGAUGAUGGAUUUCGAUGGAGGAAAUAUGGACAAAAAGCUGUGAAGAACAGCAAAUAUCCCAGGAGUUACUACCGGUGCACACAUCAUACAUGCAACGUAAAGAAACAAGUGCAAAGGUUAUCUAAGGACACGAGCAUAGUAGUCACGACUUAUGAAGGAAUUCAUAACCAUCCAUGUGAGAAACUGAUGGAAACCCUAACUCCUCUUCUCAAGCAGAUGCAAUUCCUUGCUAGGUUUUAA